AUGUUCUUCGAUCUAUUUGCAGGAUCGUCUCUUCGUAAACAAUCACCUAAAUCUCCAUGGGAGUGUUCAUCAUUACUAAAUUAUUUGAAUUCAUUCAAUAACACAAUUGAUGGUUACGGUCGGCCUACUCUAGCGUAUUUCAUCGAGCAAGGUAUAGUAUCAGCAGCUGAUCAAUUAAUUUGUCAUGUAUACAACACACCUCUCAACUGUACAAUUGAGUAUAAUCUGCAUCUUCUUACGGGACUUCCACUAUAUACACUCCAAUGGGAUACAAUUAAAGAUGAAAAUGUAACGCAAUUUGUUUAUAAACUGAUAAAGCGCUUCAAUAACUCCAGUGAUGGAAUUUACCAUCCGUGGCAUUAUUUCUAUGUACGUAAUGGCGAUCAAAUGAAUCUUGAACAAAAAUUUCAAAAGCUGAAUUUUGUAUUCAGAAAAACAUUCGUAGCAUUUUUACUUAGAUUAAAAGGCAUUUGGCAAAUUCUCCCAUAUUUUUGUCAGCAUGACCGACGUCUUAAAUACAAAUGUUUAUCUGAGGAAACCUGCGAAGCUCUGAUUGCUACAUACAAUAUGGACACCAACUUAAAACAUUUACUAAAUCAUCGGGAUAUUGAAAUUGAAUACAAGUCCAAAACUGAAGAUAAUGAAAUACUUGCAGAAGUAUUCGCUGUCAAUGACAUCAAAUUUGGAAGUGGCAUCUGGAAUACAAAUAUAAAUUGUGCAUCAAGCAUAGGUAAUGUAAUCACUGCGUCGUAG